AUGGCCACUACCAAGGCGGCUGGUUUGGUGAUCUUGGUUUUGUUAAUGCUGGAUUUGGCUCUUGCUGCUAGGUUCUUCAGGGGUUAUGGAGGUGGUAGUGGUGGCGGUGGAGGUGGGGGAGAAGGUUCAGGGCCUUGGUCGGGUUCGGGAUAUGGUUCAGGGUAUGGCUCGGGUUAUGGUUCGGGAUAUGGAGGUGAAGAAGGCUAUUCUAGAUAUGGAGAUGAAGGCCGCUAUGGACCGUAUGGGCCUUAUAGUGGGGGUGGAGGUGGCGGUGGAGGAGGUGGUGGUGGAGGUGGCGGCAGUGCAAUUGGAGCCGAGUAUGGUCGUGGAUUUGGGGCGGGAAGUGGGUCGGGGUACGGGUCUGGUGGUGGAGUAGGACGUGGUGGAGGAGGUGGCGGUGGCAGCGGUGGAGGAGGGGGCGGAGGUUCGGGAAUUGGAAGUGGGUCAGGAUAUGGCUCGGGAUAUGGAAGUGGAGGAGGCUAUGGAAGUGGUGGAGGUAGGGGUGGAGGAGGGGGUGGAGGAGGGGGUGGUGGAGGCGGUGGAGGAGGGUCUGGGUAUGGUUCAGGAUAUGGGUCAGGGUACGGAGGAGGUGGUGAUGAAGAAUCACCAUGA